GUGAGGAGGAGGAGCUGGAGCCAUGGCAACAGAUGUAUGACGACGUGGAGGAGGAAUUGGAAUUCAUAGAGGGCGACAUUGACAACGGAUACAACAGGCCUAAAUAGUACAGUGAAAAGCUUACUUGCAAGCUCUUCCUCAACAAUGGAAUAUUCAAUAUCAAAGUCUGUGAAACCUCCUUUUCCUCCACGACAUCCCGAGAGACUCCGGUUCCCAGCAUACCCUCCCUCACUCACUCAGCUGCACAGCGUGUCCCGGCAACGGUUUCCAACACAGGCCAGUCCUCCUCCUCUGUCUUGCAACGCACCACUAUAGCACAUGAGUUGAUGUUUUGGGGGAAGGCUGGUGUCUCAAACACACACUGCCGAAAGGCUAAAACAGCCGUCGUUACUUUCAGAAACACAGGAAAUGCUCAGUAAUGGAUUUUGAUUAUUUGAUUGUACAGGAGUAUUUAUAAAUGCGUUAUACACCUCGGAGUCAGAAACUAAAGAGAAUGCAACACUGAUUAUAAUAUGCAGUAGGCCUACACUUAGAACCGCGGGGCGAAGCAGUUGUAGAAGACAUGAGUCUGGCUCAUGGUCUCGUGAUGAGGUAGCACCUGCCUGCGACUUCAAAAUCAGUGUCACCCUCACCAAAGGGGGAAUGUCCUCUUGGUCUAACGGUCAAGACAUUGGUUUCUCCCUUGGUAGACACAGGGUUCAGAUCCCACCCGUGACACUAACCACUAGGUUGUCCCCCUUCCUCUGUGUCCCUCAGCUCCUGUGUCGUCAUCAGUGUUAUCUCAAUUUAUGGUCCCCACGGGGGUCCCUGGUAUGCCCUCUCUGGUGCCAUCGGGCAUGGUCCAGGGACAACAGCUGAUCCAGAUCCAAACCCCUACAGGUCUGAGCACCAUGCUACUGCCCACAGCUGUUAACCCUGGUGCCGGCCCUGCCAAUGCCCAGCAGAUCUACUUCACCCAGGGUUUCCCGGUCCGAAAUGUGAGGCCUGGGCAGAACCCUAUGGGGAUAGUUCUGAAUUUACAACAAGGGCAGAUGAUUCGACCCAUCACUCUACUCUCUGGACCUGGAGGGCAGUUCUUUGCUCCGUCUAUGGGGAUGCCUCAGGUUGUGAGCCAGCCUGCACAGAUUAGGCCCACUGCUGGCCCUAGUGGUGUUUUACGGCAGGCAGCGCCCGGCACCUUUGCCACUAUGCAAAUCCCUGCCACCCUCACCAUCCGCGGGGCCAGUCAUGCCCCCCUCACAACCACAGCUAGCACCAUGGGCAACCGGCCCACCCUACUCAACCCUUCCUCACAGCCUCAGAUUUUGAAAUGGAACCAAGUCCCAGUCGCUCUCCAAUCGCAGCUACUGCAGAUCGUCAAGAGCAACAGCCAGGCCAAUGUACCCGUGGCCACGCCCCUGACACAGGGCAACACCAAAGUUGAUCAGGCGCUGAAAAUAUGCCCCCGAUGUGGAGCCCAAUUCAAAAUGCAAGAAGCACUUCAAGGACAUAUGUGUUUCUGCUGUCCAGAACUGGUCAAUACUGCAGGGCCUUCCAGCAGCAGUGGCACUCAGAACCCCCUGCCAGAGCGGGCCCCCAGCUCCAAUCCAGACCCUCCGCCUAAGGUGGUUAUGCUAGUGGAUGAUUUCUACUAUGGCCGCUUCGCGGGCCAACAGUCCCUGGUCGACAGCCAGCCCACCAAGCUGAACUACUCCUUCAAAUGUGUCAUCUGCCCCAAGAGGUCCAAUAGCAACAUUAGGCUGAUGGACCACAUGAAGCAGCACCCAGAGAUGACUAAAUGGGUGGACCAACUGACCUCCUGCCAGCACUGCUUCCGCCAGUUCUCUACCAGCGCCCAGCUCCAGCACCAUGUGGAGAAUGCCCACGGGCCCACUCAGUCUUCCACUUGUUGCAAGAUCUGUGAGUGGGCGUUUGAGAGUGAGCCUGUGUUCCUGCAUCACAUGAAGAACACCCACAAACCAGGAGAGAUGCCCUAUAUUUGCCAGGUGUGUCAGUACCGAUCUUCUUUCUUUUCGGAUGUGUACAACCACUUCUGUACCAGUCAUGCAAAGACAUGCAACCAGCUGUGUGUUUACUGCCUGAAGGUGUUCAAGAGCCCCAACUCCUACCAGCAGCACUACAUACGACACCAGGCCAGUAGAGCGAGUCACUGCAACAAGUGCCGUUUGCAGUUCCUCUCCGCCACGGACAGGAUGGAGCACAAAACCCACAGCCACAGGACCUUCCGCAAGCCCAAGCAGCUGGAGGGGCUCCAACCUGGGACUAAAGUGACCAUCAGGGCAUAUGCCCACCACAAGGGACAGUUGCCCAAGAAUGUACCUGUGGACUAUAAGACGACAGGCCCCACUCCUCAGGCGGGCCAGACCUACACUAACAGCAACAUACAACACAAACCUCAUCAGUCCAAACCACCUCCACAAACAACCAAAACCACCAUGAGGAAAUCCAUCAAGCAGUUGGACCUGCUCACCAAGUUUCAGAAACGGAGUGUGUCGCUAGUCAAGCAGCGGUGCAUGGAGUGCAGCUCAGACGUACCCAGCUUCCCCGACCACUACCCCACCUUCGUCCACUGUGCCGUGUGUCCCUACAGCACCUGCUGCUCGCGCUCCUACGCAGACCACAUGAUCACAAAUCAUGCACCACGUAUGAAAACCAACCACGUACCCCUGCACAAGCGGCCACCCCCUUGCUAUUUGAAGCUGCUGUGUGAGGUCUGUGACUUCAGCUCUCAGACGGGUGACCUUAUGGCCAAGCACCUGGCCCAGUACCCAAGUCACGGCUCCAGCACCUGUACACCAAACGAGUCUCUGGAGUCUGACAUUGAGUUCUGCCAAGAGGAGGACAAAUCAGGAGAGGAUGUAGAUGUGGUGAGGUCUGAAUGGGCAUUAAUGGAGAACUGGAGAGAACCUCUGCUGAGAGGCACCGACUGCCCCAUCGCAACCAUCCUCGACUUCACAGAGAGCUGCGGUCCUCGCCAGUCCUUAAACAAAAACAGCGACGCUGUCGACUACUUCAACCUGCUCUUCCCGUACUCGCUCAUGGAGCUCAUCGCCAGCGAGACCAACGCCAAGGCCAAGACCUGCCAGUUUCUUGGGCAGAGCGACCCGGACUGGGUCCCUGUCACCGCUCACGAGAUCAAGGGCUUCAUUGGUCUCAGUAUACUCAUGGGCCUUCAGAGCCUCCCAGAGCCUGCCAACUACUGGUCCUGGCAGCACUACGACAACUGCCACACCUUCUUCAGGGCCAUGUCCAUCAAGCGCUUCCAGCAGAUCUCCACCAACAUCCGGAUGGGUAGUCUACUCACCUCCAUGGAGGAGGAGGGAGAGGGCAGUGGCAGCGACAGGCUGCGUCUCUUCAGACCUAUGCUGAACAUCCUUGGCGACUCCAUGUGGGAAGCCUACAAACCCAACCGGUGCCUGGCCAUCGACCGGGCCCUGCUGCCCAGCCUGGAAACGGAGGCCGGCCAAGCAAAAGGGAACCCCAAGGCCCAACCAGGGGUGUGGCUGCUGUGUGACUCCAAGUCGGGCUACUGCCACCGACUGCUCAUCCACAUGGGGAGGGAGAAGGAGAAGGAGCUGGGGUUCAGUGUAGUGCUCCCCUUAGUGGAGGGACUCCAGGAGAAACACCACCAGCUCUUCCUGGGUAGCUCACUGGCCUCUGCCCCCCUCAUGCAGAAGCUCUUGGACCAGGGCAUUUACACCUCCAGCUCCUUUCCUCCACCAAGCCCCAUCCUCCCCAGGGAGCUGUGGGAGCAGGGUCAGCUGGAGAAGCCUGGGGACUUCCUGCAGAGGCAGUUGGGCCCCCUUCUGGCCACCCGCUGGAAAGACACCAAGGAGAUGGGCUGCCUGUCCACCAACGCUGAGCCGGGGCAGCCAGACACAGUGUGGAGGAAGUCUCAAACUAAAGUGGGCGAACUCAGCCCCAUCGAGCGUCCCUUAGCCUUCCGACUUCUGCAGGAGAACAUGCGAGGCGUCGACAUCUGCAAACAGCUGCUGGCCUGCAACCCGCUAGGAGGGCUGCCACUAGACAAGCACUGGCGCAGUCUCUUCUGGUUCCUGGUCAACCUGAGCAUAGUCAAUGCCUUCAUAGUGCUGCGGGAGAGCCGCAAAGAGAACCCUCCAUCGUGGGUGCAGGGCGGGCUCUUUACCCAGGCAAACUUUCGCAAGCGCUUAGGGCACCAGCUGGCCAAGUGCGCAGAAAGACAAGCACGCAUCCACUCUGAGACUAAGGAGGGACCAGCGGGCGUGCGAGAGGUUGCACUGCAAGGCAAUCCAAAUAAACUAAGGCACAGAUUGGUUAAACUCACCGCCAAGACCAAGAGAUGCAAGAACUGCAAUCUGAAGAACCUGCGCCAUGAGAGCGUGUUUGGAUGCAUCGUUUGCAAAGCCAACCUGUGCAAGCAGCCCAGCUGCUUCUGGGAGUAUCAUGGCUUCUCACCCCACCACUUGGGCUCCCCUAAUGUUGGAUUCAUCAUGGAGGACAUGAGAAACACCACGGGAGCAGACCGCUUUGACGACAGCAGCGAGUGGGGUCCCUUAGGGCCGGAGAGUGACCUGGACGAGGCAAUGGCCCCAGUGGAGGACAUGGGCUCAGACACAGACGAUGAAGAAAUGGAGGUUGAAGGUCUUGAUAAGGACGUUGAUGAAGUUUUUCAUGAAGGGGAGUCUAAACAGCAGCCUGCCGCAUCUGAUCCUCCCGUCACCCCUCCGACAGUACGUCCGGUGGUAAAAGAACGAGAGGACACCCUCUCUGUGCGUCUACUGAGGAUAGUGCUGUUCGCCCUCUGCUGCGGGGAACGCCAAGCUGCCAAGCAGCUAUCCACCCAGUCCAAUCUCAUCCGGGCCUGGCUGAAGGAUAAGAAGAAGCAGCUGGAGCGUGAUGGCCGGGGACCCGGCAAGGGAGAGGCGGUGGAGCGCAUGGUGGAGUGGGUCAUGGCCCAGCGAGAGCAGCAGCUACCGCUCAAUGAGAAGAACCUUUUUCAGAGGGCUUCUGAGAUCCACAGCCAGGACGGCCACAGCAGCGCCUUCCGCAUCUCUUACGACUGGGCUGUGAGCUUCAUGCUGCAGCAUAGCCUUGGCUGGCAGGCUGUUGGGCGGACCGCCACGGUCAGCCGGCGCUUGCCACGCUCCAUGGAGGACAACGCAAACUCCUUCACCAAGUUCACCCGCAAGCACAUCCAGGCCCACGAUCUCCCCCACACAGGCAUAGCUGCCAUGGACGAGCUGUCUGUCUUUGUAGACAUUGAGGCACUUGCGGAUCCAGCCAAAGUGGACAAAGAAGGGGCUCUCCAGCUGGUGGGAACCAGGGAACCUCUGGUCACCAUCUAUCUGUCAGCGCUGGCCGAUGGCACCAUGCUACGCACCCUGGUUCUAAUCAAGGGGCAGCUCCCCGAGAUGCAGGGCACAGGCCUGCCCAACUCUGUCCUGCUGGAGGCCAAGGUGGAGGGAUUCACCAGGGACGAGGAGUUGGCACUGUGGGAGUCUCUGGUGUGGCGUCAACACAUGCUGGACCAGAGCAGGAGUACCAAAGGCAUGCUGAUCCUGGACGGUCACCGCGGACACCUGUCUAAGGACUUCCUGACCACCCUUGGUGCCACUGGCACCCUUCCGGCUGUGGUCCCCGCCGGCUGCACCUGUCGCCUCCAGCCCCUGGAGAUGUGCCUGCGGCCCGUUCUGCAGAGUUUCCUGCUGGCCCGCUGGGCCCGGCUGGCUGCAGAGGGCGGGGCAGCAGGGGCCAGACACAAAGACCUGGUGCAACUGCUAGUUGCCUGGCUAGUGGAGGCCUUGUCCUACUUAGAGGAACAGCCUGAUCUGCUGCGACAGUCCUUCCACCUUACUGACUUGGUCCCUGGGCAGCGGGACCAGAAAAUGACCAAGACUCUGGCAGAGACCCAGUCAGAGCUAAUGAGUACUCUCAGAGAGGCCCUGCUAGGUCCUGAGGUUCUGGAGCCGGAGUCACCAGCAGAGCUCGAGCAGGAAGACAGCAGGGGCACAGAGGACAUGGAGGCUGGAGAAGAGAGGGUAGAUGAGGAGCAAGAUGCUGGAGAAGAGAGGGUAGAUGAGGAGCAAGAGGUUAAAGAAGGGAAGGUAGAUGAGGAGCAAGAGGCUGGAGAAGAGAGGGUAGAUGAGGAGCAAGAGGUUAAAGAAGGGAAGGUAGAUGAGGAGCAAGAGGUUGGAGAAGAGAGGGUAGAUGAGGAGCAGGAAAGUGGAGAUGAAAAGGUAGAUGAGAAUCACAAGGCAGCUAUAGAAAUGGACACAACAAAGGAUAACAUCUUGGAAAAGGGAGAGGAAGAGAUGGAGCCGCUGCCAGAGAGCCAGGAGACUGGAGGGUCCCAUGAGGAGGUCUCCCCCUCUUAGUCCUUCCCUUUCACAAACUCUGAGUAGAAUACUGCUCUUCGGUCCUACACAAGAACAUCUGCCGUGUUGCCUUAGGCCACACCGCCUGUGGGUCUUCCCUGCAAAUGGCCACAGAAGAUUACAGUGCAUACUGUUACAGUACAAUCGGUCAACCUUUUUAACCUUUUUUAUGUAAUCAGUGUGGGGAAACUGAGUGGGGAUCCCUUGUUGGACUUGACAGGUUCUAUGUUUUGCUUUAAUGAACACUAUAAGACACACAACAGACUGGAUCCAAACUCCAUGAACCAUAAGGCAUGUUCUUGCGGUGGAAGUUGUUGUAGUGGUAGAAAUCAAGGCCUAAACUGAUCAUCAACUGAACACAAAACAUUUUAAGGUGCUAUACUGUUCUUUCAUUCAGUUUGAUGAUAUUUACUAUGCCAUGUUUAGUAUUUUCUAAAAAUGCAAUGCCUUUGACAGAUUGGUGUUGGUUUACACAUUUCCCCCCAACUUUUGCUUCCUUAUUGCACUCAAAUGACUUUAAAUAUGUUCUUUGCUUACCUUGAAAGUAGCCUAAUCUAUGGGCGAGAGAGACUCCGCCAUAUUGCUAGAAGGCUAGUGAUGACUAGGCCCACAGCUAUACAGAGUAUUCUAUUUCUCUUAAUAAGGACUUUUAAGACAAAUACCACGUUCUCUUAUCUGUGUCUCAGUCAAUAGAUUGUAGUACUGAGGAAGGAUUGGUAAGCUUGAGAAAUGGCGGAAAUGUUGAGUUCCUUAGGGAGUUACAUAAUAUCUAAUGCAUUUUGCAGAUGUCCAAUAUGUUCUUUAACAAUUAUCUGAACUGUACCUCAUUUGUCACAGACACACAAAUAUUACAUUCAUUUCAUCCUUUCCUUUUCUGAUUUGUGUUUGGUCUUCUCAAAACUUCCAAAGACACAUGGGGGAUAUUGAAAUGGUGACAACUUCAUUCCUGAAGUUUUUGAAUCUCUUGGAAGAAAAACAUUUCCUAAUUAAAUGUGUAGGCGUUAGAGGCACAAUCUGUGAUAUUUCCUGCCGCUCAAAGGUCAUUUUGAUUAUUGAUAUAGCCUACCCUUUCAAUUCUUGAAAAAUAUAACUUAAAGAUGUCUUAUGGGCUUAGUACAAUUAUCUACUGUCAUAUCAUAGGCCUAAUUCACAAUAUAUGGUUGUAAUACUCUAUUGUUUAUGUUUUGUCAUUUGAGUCUUUAAUGUAUAUCUUCAAAAUAUGAUUAAAAAAGCUAAAUCAA